AUGGAAGCAGACCUCAUUAUGGAAGAAUACAAGGCCGCAGCUGUACACAACAUCAUUAAUGAAAAUACGAAGUUUGAAGAUAUAAUAGAAGAACUGGGGAGUGAUGGAAAGUUCCAGUUACAAAUGAAUAUCAUUUUCAAUUUCAUCGCAAUAUUAUUUUCAACAAUGUCUUCAUACGCCAAGAUAAUUGCUCUGACAGUACCUGAACACUGGUGCCACGUUCCAGGAAGAGAAUCUACAAAUUUAACAGUGGAAAUGUGGAAGAAUCUCACAAUUCCAAAAGAAGAUGGAAAGUACAGCAGAUGCCUAAUGAAGACGCCAGGGCAAGACAACGAAACGAUGGCCUGUAUCCACGGCUGGGACUACGACACCACAUGGUUCUCUGUGACUGCCGCUUCCCAAGGGAACUGGGUGUGCGAUAAGGAACUGUACCCAAACACUGUGUAUUCCGUGAGCCACGUCGUUUCCACCGCCGUUGGAGUUUUUAUGUUUUACAUUGGUGACAGAUUUGGACGAAAGAAGCAGUUUCUGCUAGGCCUGAGUGCCACGGCGCUGUCCCAGACACUGCUCCCCUCUUCAGUGUCCGUCUUCCCUCUCUACAUUGCUCUGUCAGCAGCCUCUGAAGGCACGCACUUGCCCAUGUUAGAAGCAACCAUGGCGACAGGAGUCGAGUUGGCCAGUAUCAAACGCCGUUCUUUCGUCAAUUUUGUGUCCUUCAUGUCUUACUGCCUUGGUAUAAUUGCCAUAUCGUUAUUGGCUUGGUUACUCAAGAACUGGGUGCACUUCACUCUGGUUGCGUCUGUCCCUUGUUUUAUUCCACUACUGCUUCAAAGGUAUCUUCCUGAGUCACCACGAUGGCUGAUAAAUAAAGGGCACACAGAAGAGGCUUUCAAGGUCCUGGAACGUAUAGCGCGCACAAACGGUAAAACUUUGUCUCCUGACAUCAAGAAAAAGAUUAAUUUUCUGUCUCAACAAAGAACUGUAAACAUGGGGAUUGGAACCAUCAUAACCAACAAGAACCUCCUGAAAAAUACGAUUUUACUUGUGCUCAGCAGGUCGACUGCUGCCUUUGUUACCUUCACCCUACUUUUUAGCAACAACUGUUUCGGGGAGAAUCCUUUCGUAGCAUUCAUUGGGCAUGGAUCCCUGCAACUAGCUGCUUCAUACACUGCUCAUGUUGUUGGAAACAGAUUUGGAAGGCGGAUAACACACUGCCUCGUGCUAUUGGCUGCUGACUUGUACUUUUUCAGCACACUCAACCCAGUGGAUCAUAACUACACUUUCUCUUGUGCUACUCUUCUGCUGUGA